CGCCGCGGGGUUUCUGCCAGCCUGGCCAUGAACCUGGAGCCGCCCAAGGCCGAGAUCCGGUCGGCCACCAGGGUGAUUGGGGGGCCCGUCACUCCCAGGAAAGGGCCCCCCAAAUUUAAGCAGCGGCAAACCAGGCAGUUCAAGAGCAAGCCCCCCAAGAAAGGCGUCCAAGGGUUUGGUGACGACAUCCCCGGAAUGGAAGGCCUGGGAACAGACAUCACUGUCAUCUGCCCAUGGGAGGCUUUCAACCACCUGGAGCUGCAUGAGCUGGCCCAGUACGGCAUCAUCUAG